AUGGUCACUAGAGCAAAACUAGGUGUGGUAAAACCCAACUCUAAGUAUGCCUUGUUCACAAACACCUCCAACAAUGUACCACAUAAGCCACAAAAUAUCAAAACAGCCUUAGCACACCCUGAUUGGAAAGCAGCAAUGAAUGAAGAACUUGCUGCUCUUCAUCAAAAUAAAACAUGGAUACUCUUUCCUCGCACACCUAACAUGAAUGUCAUUGGAUCUACUCCGGAACUUGUUGAAAAGUUCAUUAUGUUAUUAAGCAGUGAAUUCGCAAUGAAAGAUUUAGGACCAAUUCACCACUUUCUUGGAAUGGAAAUCACGACAACAAAUAGGGGACUUCAUCUAUCUCAGUCUCACUACACCCUAACCAUACUUGAACGCUCCAGUAUGGUAGAUUGCAAGCCAAUGAGUCCACCUCUUAAAGCUAAAACCAAAACUUCUUCCAAUGAAAUUCUCUUGGAAGACCCAAGUUACAAUCGUGGUCUUGUUGGAGCAUUACAAUAUCUUGCACUUACUCACCCCGAUAUUUCAUUUAGUGUUAACUAUGUAUCCCAAUUUAUGCAUACUCCCACAAUGACACACUUAAAAAUGGUUCGACGUAUCCUAAGAUAUGUCAAAGGAACAAUUGAAAUGGGUUUACAUUUUUCUUCACAUAGUGCACUUGAUCUUUUUGCUUUCUCAAAUGCACAUUGGGCAGGGUGUCCUACUACAAGACGUUCAACCACAGGCUACUGUACAUUCCUUGGAGGGAACCUCAUCUCGUGGCGUGCAAAAAAAUAA